UGCUCCGCGCCCCGCCCCAAUCCCCCGCAGAAGCUGCCGCCCCUUUGCCUCUGUGUCCGCCGCCUGCUGCUGGUCCUGCUGUGUCCGCUGGGAGAAGGAGCUGUUCAAGAAGAGCAGAUUAGUGGUUCAAUAGGAAGAGCUUUGCAGUUCGAGUCAGAAGACUUGGAUGUGACCCGAGAAAAUGGCUGUGCCACCUACUUAUGCUGACCUUGGAAAAUCUGCCAGGGAUGUGUUUACUAAGGGUUAUGGAUUUGGCUUAAUAAAACUGGAUCUGAAAACAAAAUCUGAGAAUGGACUGGAAUUUACAAGUUCAGGUUCAGCAAACACUGAGACCAGCAAAGUUUCAGGCAGUUUGGAAACAAAAUACAAAUGGUCUGAAUAUGGCUUGACAUUCAUAGAAAAAUGGAAUACAGACAAUACAUUGGGUACUGAAAUUACUGUUGAGGAUCAGCUUGCACGAGGACUGAAGCUAACCUUUGAUUCGUCCUUCUCACCUAACACUGGGAAAAAAAGUGCUAAGAUUAAGUCAGGAUAUAAGCGGGAACAUAUCAAUCUUGGCUGUGACAUGGAUUUUGAUAUUUCUGGACCGUCAAUACGAGGAGCUGUGGUACUUGGCUAUGAAGGCUGGUUGGCAGGGUACCAGAUGAAUUUUGAAACUUCUAAAUCUCGGGUGACUCAGAGCAACUUUGCUGUUGGCUACAAGACUGAUGAAUUCCAGCUGCACACCAAUGUAAAUGAUGGCACAGAAUUUGGGGGCUCUAUUUAUCAGAAGGUGAACAAGAAGUUGGAAACUGCUGUCAACCUAGCCUGGACAGCUGGAAAUAGCAACACUCGUUUUGGAAUAGCAGCCAAAUAUCAGAUUGACCCUGAUGCCUCUUUCUCUGCUAAAGUGAACAACUCUAGCCUGAUAGGCUUAGGUUACACCCAGACUCUAAAGCCAGGUAUCAAACUGACAUUAUCAGCUUUGCUGGAUGGCAAGAAUGUCAAUGCUGGUGGCCACAAGCUUGGUCUAGGACUGGAAUUUCAAGCAUAAAAGAAGUUGUACAAUCACUUAAUUUUAAAAUAUUUUGCAGGAUAGCUACCUUCAGAAAUUAGUGUACCUUUUCAUGUUGUAUGUCUGGGACGCAAGUAUUGCUAUGUAUCAAAUCAUGUUAGACCUCCAGGUUAAAGAUGACGCAGCUUUAAAGUGUUAUCCUUUCAGAGAUACAGAAGAAACCCGACUCAGAAAAAAGGUCCUUUCAGCUCCAGGCUUUUGAGGGGAUAUGUGAUGAUUCCCACAACAGCUUUCAAAAUUCUCUAAGGAUUGAAAGGGUGCAUUGAGCCACCUUUUUUUUUUUUUUUUAUCUAGAGAUAGCUGCUAGUGGAAGGCAAUGACAUGUAGGCAUUUAGUAAAUGUGGACUGAUUAAAUGAAUGAAAUCUUGACUUCCUGAGAAUUCAUGGUCCAUUGCAGUCAACUUGGUUACAUAUCUAUCCUAAAUGGAUAGAAAGAGGCUCAUUCCUUAAUGGAGUGAAAACUAGUAUGAAAUGUGGACUCUUUUUUUUUUAAAGUCACAUUCUCAUGAAUUGUUCCAGUCUUGAUUAGUUACUUCUGCCAAAAGUUGUCUGCAUAGUCCUUUAGGUGUCUACUUUGUACCAUUUUGUUGUGGAGCCAGUUUGAUGUGAUUAAGCCAGUAAUGUAGUACUUAAUUCCCAGUCUCAUUGUGGUUCCAUUCACUUUGGCUGAGUUCUACACAAAGAGGCUACUAGGACACAGAACUAUAAGCAGGGAAGAGUCUGUAUAACUGUGCUCACAUAGUGACAUCACUUGGAAUCAAAAUUGGACUUCUGUUGUAUUCUCACACUAAUUUUUUUUAAAGCAAUUAAUGGAUACAUUUUAGAGUCUUCCAUAUUGUGUGGAAUUAGACACCUUCCCCUCCAAAUGCUGUACUUACCACCACUUAAAAAUACAACUUGAAUAAAAUAUUGAAACCUC